AUGGAUCCAUUCUGUAUCCUUGAAUAUAAUGGAAACAAGUAUAAGACAAGAACUCAUCACGGAGCAGGCAAAUUGCCCGUCUGGAAUCAUGAGUUCAGUUUUCAUGUAUCUUCUAUCCAGGAUGAUUUAACAUUGAAAGUUAUGGACGAGGAUGUUACUACUGAUGAUUUUAUUGGAAUGGCUAUGAUUAAAUUAUCUGCUUUAUGCAUUAAUGGAGGAGUUAGAGAAUGGUUCACAAUCAAUUAUAAACAAAAACAAGCAGGCUCUGUUCUAUAUUCUUCAUAAGCUUAAGGGGCUGGCCAAGUUCCAAACUUCUAAGCACCAAUGGCUGGAGGAGUUUAAGGCUACUAGUAACCACCAAUGGGCUUCCAAUAGCCUCCAAUGGGAUUCUAAUAACCACCGAUGGGUUAUUAAUAGCAACCAAUGGGAUUCUAAUAACCACCAAUGGGCUUCCAACAACAACCAAUGGGCUACUAGCAACCUCCAAUGCAAGGAUAUUAAUAGCCAGGUUUCUAAUAGCCUCGUCCUAUGGGCUUCCAACAACAACCAAUGGGUUACUAGCAACCUCCUCAAGGAUAUGCUCCUCCUAUGGGUUACUAAUAGCCAGGAUAUCAAAUGCCACCAGGUUACAUCCCAUAAUAAUAGAUGCCAUCCAUCUAAGUACACAUUUAAGGUGGUCAUUCUGCAUAACCUCAUAAGAUCGUUAAUCCUCAUUGUCAUAAGUGUCGUGGAUCAGGCUGGAACUCUCACAAAAAUAAGCCUUGCGGUAGAUGCGUAUGUAAAAAGUGUGGUGGUUCAGGAUGGAAUUCAAGAAAGAACAAGGCCUGCAAAAAAAUGAAGAUAAAGCAUUGA